AUGUUAGCGAGGGCUCGACGCUUUUUUCGAUUUUUAACAACUGUGGCAUUUUCUGGAACAGGUGGACGAUGCAGUUUUUCGGGCAAUGUGGUCACUGGAACAGGUGGGCGAUGCAGUUUUUCGGGCAAUGUGGUCACUGUAUUUGGAUGCACCGGGCUGCUGGGCAAAGUGCUGAUUAAUCGGCUCGCCAAAGAAGGCCAUCAGAUCAUCAUACCAAGCAGACAAGAUCCAUACUACACUCGCUAUCUCAGGGUCUAUGGUGAGUUGGGCCAGGUGCUUAUUUUGCCCUUCCAACUGAAAGAUGAGGAAAGCAUCCGUCGAGCAAUCCGAUACAGCAAUGUGGUUGUUAAUUUGAUCGGUACGAGAUGCGAAACAAAGAAUUACUCAUUUGAGGAGACGCAUAUUGAGGGAGCCCGACGGAUCGCCCGCAUUGCCAAAGAAAUGGGAGUGCAACGGUUCAUACACAUGUCAGCAAUGAAUGCAUCCAGAGAUACUCCACCAACACUUUUCAACAAGCCUUCGCAAUUUCUGCGCACCAAAGGAAUCGGCGAAGAAGUUGUUCGUGAAGAAUUUCCCACAGCAACAAUCGUAAGACCAUCAAUGAUGUACGGUGGUAACUACGAUGUAUUCAUCAAUUACUUCUUGGCAUUACAACGAAUUCCAUACAGAAGCGUUGUUUACGUGUACAAGAAAGGCGAACACACAUACAAAAUGCCUGUCUGGAUAGGAGAUGUAUCGAAAGGCGUUGAACGAACGAUCGUUGAUCAGAAUGCUGUCGGUAAAACAUACGAAUUUGUUGGCCCUCACUGCUACAAGCUUUCGGAGUUGAUUGACUAUAUCUACGAUCGGGCGCAUUUAACAGCUCGAUUCCCCCAUCGGAAAUAUCACCGCCUGCAUCUCAAUUAUCUCUACAGGUAUCACUGUUGUUUGAGGUGGACCGCUUAA